AUGGUAGUGCCGAAGGCUAACGAGAGAGGAAAGAAUGGCAGCCUGGAGAGCCUGCUGGACAUGGACGAGACCGCGGGGCGAAGGAGAAACGGCGGCGUGGGAGGUGGGAGUGGUACCCUGCCGCAGAAGAUGGUGCAGGGGAACGGGCUGGUGUUCAAGAACCUGUCCUACAGUGUGAUGAAGAAGCAGAAGAAGGACGGGGUUUGGAUCACCAAAGAGGCGUAUCUGCUCAACGACAUCUCCGGCCAGGCUGUCCAGGGCGAGAUCAUGGCCAUCAUGGGGCCUAGUGGUGCUGGCAAAUCCACAUUCCUCGACGCCCUCGCUGGCCGGAUUGCUCAGGGCAGCCUUGAAGGCUCUGUUCGAAUCGACGGCAAGCCGGUGACCACAAGCUAUAUGAAGAUGAUAUCAUCUUACGUGAUGCAAGAGGACCAGCUCUUCCCCAUGUUGACCGUCUUCGAGACCUUCAUGUUUGCUGCUGAAGUAAGGCUUCCACCCACCAUUUCCAGGGCGGAGAAGAAGAAGAGAGUCCAUGAACUCAUCGCCCAACUCGGCCUCACGAGUGCGACUCAUACUUACAUAGGCGACGAAGGAAGGAGAGGGGUUUCCGGUGGAGAACGCCGGAGAGUGUCUAUCGGAAUCGACAUCAUUCACAAGCCACCGCUGUUGUUCCUGGAUGAACCCACCUCCGGCCUGGAUUCCACCAGCGCUUACAGCGUGGUGGAGAAGGUCAAGGACAUUGCACGAGAAGGGAGCAUCGUAUUGAUGACCAUUCAUCAGCCUUCUUACAGGAUCCAACUGCUCUUGGAUCGCAUCACCGUUUUGGCCAGGGGAAGGCUGAUUUACAUGGGUAGCCCAGGCGCUAUUCCGGCUUACUUGUCUGGGUUCAGUCGGCCGGUUCCUGAUAGCGAAAACAGUGUCGAGUAUCUGCUAGACGUGAUCAAAGAAUACGAUGAAUCAACCUUAGGAUUAGACCCUCUUGUAUUGUACCAGAGAGAUGGGAUCAAACCUGAUCAAGUGGCCAUGACACCGAUCCCUAAACCCAUCAAAACCCCUAAAACUCCAAACAAGAGAGCCGAUUCAGGCCUUAGGGUUUCCAUUCCACUCCAAAGCCAAGCUUUCUCUACCUCAGCAACUCCCAGAGCAGACCCAUCCAGCCAAUUUGACUACCCGGACGACGACGACGAUGAAGACGACGACUUUGACAAUUCACUGGAACGCAGUAAAGCAACUGUCCACACGCCAAUGCACCACCACCAUACACCAAGUGGAUACCAUCAUAAUCCUCGCCUAGCUUCACAUUUUUACAAGGAUUUCUCUGUUUGGUUGUACCAAGGCUUCACCGGCACACCACGCCGACCACCUUCAUGGACUCCCGCUAGAACCCCUGGCAAAACCCCUAUCUCCAACGCCGCCAUAAGCAGAUUCUCAACUCCACAGCGAAUCCCUAAAACCCCAAUUCCUCUCACCCUCCCCAUCCACACAUCCCCAUCCCCUUCCCCUUCUCCGUAUCGAUAUGAAACUACUUUCGAAGAAGAUGAUGAUGACGACGACUACGAGGAAGAACAAGUGCUAGACCAGCCCGACCACAGGACCAAAUUCGCCAACCCGUGGGUUCGCGAAGUGGGCGUGCUAUGCUGGAGGACGAUGUUGAAUGUAGUCCGGACGCCAGAGCUUUUCCUCUCAAGAGAGAUCGUCCUCGUGGUCAUGGCCCUGAUCCUCUCCUCUCUGUUCAAGAAUCUAGGGGACACCUCUUUCAAGGCCGUGAACCACCUCCUGAAUUUCUACAUCUUCGCCGUCUGCCUCGUCUUCUUCUCGUCGAACGACGCCGUCCCGACCUUCAUCCAGGAGCGAUUCAUCUUCAUCCGGGAGACAUCGCACAACUCCUACCGCGCCUCCUCCUACGUCGUCUCCACGCUGAUCGUCUACCUCCCUUUCUUCGCCGUUCAAGGGUUCAGCUUCGCGGCCAUCACCAAGUUCUGCCUCCACCUCAAGAGCAGCCUGUUCAAGUUCUGGGUGAUCCUCUUCGCGUCGCUCAUCACCACCAACGCCUACGUCAUGCUCGUCAGCGCCCUGGUCCCCAGCUACAUCACCGGAUACGCCGUCGUCAUAGCCACCACCGCGCUCUUCUUCCUCACCUGUGGGUUCUUCCUCAAGCGGACCAAGAUCCCGAUCUGGUGGCGCUGGCUUCACUACAUCUCGGCGAUCAAGUACCCGUUUGAGGCGAUGCUGACGAACGAGUUCAGAGGGGAGAGGUGCUACAACGGGACGUCUAGCGACCUGUCGCCUGGGCCGUUGGGGGAGCCCAAAUUCAGUGAUCUACAUGCUGGGUUGAUCGCUGGAGGGAAGGCGGAGGGGCUUUGCCCGUUGAUUGGAGAAGAUGUGUUGUCGUCCAUGGAUAUUACAAUGGAUAAUUUGUGGUAUGAUGUUGCCAUCUUGCUGGCUUGGGGAGUGCUUUACCGGCUCUUCUUGUAUGUGGUGCUCCGAUUCUACUCCAAGAACGAGAGGAAGUGA